AUGAAAUUACGACUGGGAUUCAGGAUCUCCCUGGUCUUGGUCAUCCUGGCCUUGACGCUGUCGGGCGAGAGAGUGGGUGCCCAGAGGGCAGGGUGUAAAAACGUCCACUACGACCUGGCGUUUAUCCUGGACACCUCCUCCAGCGUGGGGAAGGAGAACUUCGAGAAGAUUAGGCAGUGGGUGGCCAACCUGGUGGAGUCUUUCGACGUGGGGCCCGAGACGACGCGCGUGGCCGUGGUGCGCUAUAGUGACCGCCCCACCACCGAGUUCAACCUGGGGAGGCACCGGACCCUGGAGGACGUGAAGCGAGCCGCUCGCAACAUUCGCUACCUGGGGGGAAAUACGAUGACGGGGGACGCCAUCAGCUACACGACCGAAAACAUCUUCACCGAGAGGAACGGGGCCAGGCCCAAAGCCAGGGGCGUCCAGAAGGUGGCCAUUCUGCUGACCGACGGCAGGAGCCAGGAUUACGUUCUGGAGCCUUCCAGGGAGGCCGCCAGAGCGGGCAUCCGGAUGUUUGCGGUGGGCAUCGGGGAGGCUCUCAAAGUGGAGCUGGAGGAGAUCGCCGCCGAGCCGAAGAACGCCCACGUCUUCCACGUGACCGACUUCAACGCCAUCGACAAGAUCAGGGGCCGGCUGAGGCGGAGGCUGUGCGAGAAUGUGCUGUGUCCAAACAUGAAGGUGCAACCUGAUCGAUUUAAGUCCAGCAGUACCAGUUAUGGUCUUGGAGAGGUUCCAGGAUUUGACCUGAUGGACUACUUCAACGUCAGAGACGUUUUGGGGACCAAGGUCGACGAAGGCCAGAGUUCUUAUGUUCGUCUUGGGACUAUGCCGAUUGUGCAACAAACAGAGGAUGUGUUUCCUCAAGGUCUGCCAGACGAAUACGCUUUUGUCACAACGUUCAAAUUCCGUAAAACCUCCCGGCGUGAAGACUGGUACCUGUGGCAAGUUUUUGACAAAUAUGGAAUCCCACAGGUAUCUAUUCGCUUGGAUGGCGAGAACAAGGCGGUGGAGUACAAUGCUGUUGGACUGACCAAGGACGCGGUGAGAUCUGUGUUCAAGAACCCAGAAGUGGACAAUCUCUUUGAUCGCAGCUGGCACAAGAUAGCCCUCAGUGUGGAGGCCAAGUCUGUGUCUCUGUACCUGGACUGCAAACACAUCCAGACUCUGCCCAUUGAAGAUCGAGAGGAUAUCGAUAUCCAAGGGAAGACGGUCAUCGGGAAGAGGCUCUAUGACAGCGUGCCAAUUGAUUUUGACCUCCAGAGAAUGGUGAUUUAUUGCGACUCCAAACAUGCAGAACUGGAAACCUGCUGUGAUUUACCCAACGGGCCGUGCCCCAAGAAAGUAGUGACAGCGGAGCCUCCUCUGGAGAUUCCUACCCCAACACCCACAGUUGUGGAGCAGAAGAGAGGGCCCGAAGCCAACUGCUCCUGCCCCCGUGGAGUGAGGGGUGAGGUCGGUGCACCUGGUGUUGCAGGUCCUAAGGGUGAAAAGGGUGGCCCUGGCCUGCAGGGGGCCAUUGGACCGACUGGUCUCAAAGGAGAAAAAGGCGAAACUGGCAAAGUACUCUCUGUCAAAGGGGACAGAGGUGAGAAGGGAGAGCCAGGAUCGGAUGGGCUGCCUGGAAAACCCGGUUUUCCUGGGAAAGAUGGUUUGAGAGGGCUGGUUGGCGCCCCCGGGGCUGGCGGAGUUAAGGGAGACAAGGGGGAGAGGGGCCCUGCUGGAUUACCUGGUGAUGUGAUGCAAAGGGACGGCCUGAAGGGCGAGAGAGGAACGGCUGGACCCGCCGGGCCUCCGGGGGCUGACGGCCCCCCAGGACCACCUGGACCACCUGGUAUGCAGGGUUUACCCGGGGAGUCCGGAGAGUUUGGCCAAAGGGGAAAGAAAGGUGAAAGCGGACUACCUGGCGUGGACGGCCUUCCUGGACCACCCGGCCCUAUGGGCCCUGCUGGGCCACAAGGAAAUCCAGGACACACUGGACCCCCGGGCCUUCCUGGGGAAAUUGGCUUUUCAGGCAAGCCUGGAGAAGCAGGGAAACCCGGUCUUCCUGGUAAAGACGGGCUGGACGGUCUCCCUGGAAACGACGGCGCCACGGGCCCGAGGGGAGAGCGGGGAGCAGAAGGGUUUCCUGGCAAGCCUGGAUCAAAGGGCGAGGAUGGACCGCCCGGCCCCAGGGGACCUCCAGGAGAACGGGGGGAAGCUGGUUUACCUGGACGACUGGGUGUCGAGGGACAGAGAGGCGAGAGAGGGCUUCAGGGAGAAAGAGGACAAGAUGGAGCGUUGGGGCCAAAAGGCGAAAAGGGCGACAAGGGUGAAGUGGGAUCCAGAGGACCUCCCGGUGCUCCAGGAAAUGUGGCCAAUGUAAUCCCCGAGCCCGGUGAGCCAGGAAUACCUGGAGAGAAGGGAGAGAAAGGAGAUCAAGGAAAACCAGGGGAAAUGGGACCACGAGGGUUACCUGGCGAACAAGGCUUUAAGGGACUGCCUGGGCCACAGGGUCCCAAUGGUGACACCGGACUUACGGGGGAGACGGGGCGAGUUGGAGACCCCGGCCCUCCGGGAGUAACCGGUCCUCCAGGACCUCGUGGAUUACCGGGCAAUGUGGGCAUCCCAGGAAUCACUGGUCCACCUGGUGUUGCUGGACAGAGAGGAGAGAAGGGGGAGACUGGUAAAGAGGGCCAAGCAGGUCUCCGAGGCCCACCCGGAGAGCCCGGUUUGACAGGACCCCCUGGACCAGCAGGGAAGGGGAAAGAUGGACAAAAUGGCGAGCCUGGACCACAGGGAAUUCAAGGACCUCCGGGACUAAAGGGUCAACCGGGUGCACCGGGACUACAGGGCCUGCCGGGGAGCAGGGGCCCCUCAGGAGAAGGCAAAAUGGGACUGCCGGGAGCUCCAGGGCCUAACGGGGAGCCCGGGCCUGCGGGCCUGCGAGGUCAAACAGGUGUUGCUGGUCCUCAGGGCCCCGCCGGACACAACGGUUUGCCGGGACGGCCAGGAGAGAAGGGCUCACCGGGAGAACCUGGAAAAGAAGCGGACAUCUCUAAGCUGAAUCUCAAGGACGUGUGCUCAGACUGCCCCCCUGGACCAGCGGGUCCGCCUGGACUCCCGGGUGUACCGGGGGACAAAGGACAACCAGGGCCACCAGGGAAAAACGGUCAAGAUGGUUACCAGGGCCAGUCGGGUCCGACCGGACCUCCAGGGCCCCCCGGAGCUGAUGGAGGCAAGGGCGUGAAAGGUGAUCGCGGACCUGCUGGAGCACCUGGAGACAAAGGGGACAAGGGGCAUCCUGGACCUCCUGGUCAUCCUGGACCUCCUGGCAUAAUGGGCCAACCUGGUAAUGAUGGACAACCCGGCCUCAUCGGGCCUCCUGGAGCCCCUGGGGAAAAGGGCAAAGAGGGUCUCAAAGGAAUCCAGGGACCACCAGGUCUCCCAGGCUUGAUGGGUCAGCAAGGUAAGAUGGGUAAAGACGGCAGACCAGGUGAACCAGGAGAUCCUGGUAAGCAAGGAGAGCCCGGACCACCAGGAAAUCCCGGCCUCAGAGGACUCCCCGGUUUUAAGGGUCACAGAGGCGAACCCGGAUCCCCCGGAUCUCAGGGAGAAGACGGUAAACCCGGAUUGCCUGGACGUGAGGGCAAACCUGGGAAGGAAGGCUCCACGGGCCCUCCAGGGCCAGAGGGAUUGAUGGGUCCAAGAGGGGAAUCGGGCAAACCAGGUGAACCAGGACCCUCAGGAAAAGCAGGCAUUCCUGGAAUUCCAGGUCUUAUGGGAGCCAAGGGAGAGGCUGGAAACCCCGGAUUACCGGGCUUUAGCGGGCCUAAAGGCCCUGCGGGUCCACCUGGUCCAGCUGGCCCCGAGGGGAAACAGGGGAUGCCCGGCAGAGUCGGCGAUCGUGGAGUCAAGGGAGAUAAAGGAGACCCGGGUAACAAGGGGGAUAAGGGACAUGGAGGAGAGCCGGGUAUGCCCGGGAACCCCGGCCCCCCGGGCAGAAAGGGCCACACGGGUAUGAUGGGCAUGGCAGGACCACCGGGAGAGCUGGGAUCAAUCGGACCACAGGGCCCCACCGGAAAUCCUGGUCUCCCGGGCCCCAGAGGAGAGUCGGUAUCACUGGAACAGAUGCGACGGCUCAUCCAGGAGGAGUUAGCCAAACAACUAGAUGCCAAGUUGGCGUACCUCAUGGCUCAGGUUCAGCCGGCCCACGUGAAGAGCACGGCAGGCCGGCCUGGACCACCUGGUCCUUCGGGCAAAGACGGCAUGCCUGGCCGCCCGGGCCCCCCUGGAGAGCCCGGUAUGCCAGGGCAAAAUGGCGGAGAGGGCCUUAGGGGACCUAUGGGCCCUAAAGGUGAGAGAGGUACAAGUGGGGAGAAAGGAGAGCCUGGUGUUGGUGAGAGAGGAGAGCCAGGGCUGCCUGGUCCCAUAGGCCCGGCUGGUUUGCCAGGAUAUGGUAAAGACGGUAGCCCGGGACAAGCUGGAACCCAGGGAGAGCCAGGAAAUCCAGGUCCUCACGGCCAGCCGGGGCCCCCGGGUCCCACUGGCCAAUGUGAUCCCAGCCAGUGUGCCUACUAUGCCAGCCUGGCGUCAAGACCCCACACCAAAAACGUCAAGGGGACUUAA